AUUAAAAACAUGUCGCCGGUUUGUUGUAGUAAUACUUCUUUCUAAAACAAUUUUAACUUUUUAAGUUACCCAGUUAACUGCUAACAAUAUAUUGUUUGUGCACAGUGAAAUAGUUAUAUACAACAGCGAUGAGUUCACCAAUACCUGAUACACCAUCUGAUAGGGAUGAUGCAAGAUCCAGGAUGACAUCACCGGCCCGAGACUAUGAGAUGUUUGAGGAUGAAGGUGCUAUACUGGGAGACAAUGCUGAUGAGGAAGAGGAAGAUGGAGAGGAAUUGUUUGGUGAUAAUAUGGAAGCUGACUACCGUCCAAUGCCCGCACUGGAUCGGUAUGACGCAGAAAAUCUUGAUGAUGAAGAUUACGACGCGAUGUCAGUUGGGGACCGUGUCGCGGCUGAAAGGGAGUUACAGAGAAGGGACAGGGACGAAGGCAGGAUACGAAGGGAUGAUCGGGAUUUGUUAUAUGAUGAAUCAGACGAGGAAGGUGGAGAUGCGCCGCGUGCUAAACGUCGCAGAGCUGCCGAAAAAGCCGCCGCUGGUACGGAUGAGCAAGUUGAAGAAGGCAUCGAGAGUAUUGAGAACUUAGAGGAUACCAAGGGGUACUCCACUAAAGAGUGGGUAUCCAUGUUGGGGCCGCGAACUGAGAUCGCUAAUAGAUUUAAAAACUUCCUACGCACAUACACAAACAGCAAAGGCCAGUUUGUGUACAAGGAGAGAAUACGUCGCAUGUGUGAACACAACCAGGCUUCCUUCCACGUUGAGUUCGACGUUCUGGCCCGAAGAGAACAAGUCCUAGCCUACUUCCUCCCGGAUGCCCCCUUCCAAAUGCUGCAGAUAUUCGAUGAGGUGGCCAAAGAGAUUGUCUUGCAAAUAUUCCCGAGUUAUGAGCGUGUUACAUCGGAGAUACAUGUCCGUAUAGCAGACUUACCUCUUAUAGAAGAGUUGAGGACUUUUAGGAAGCUACAUUUGAACCAGCUGGUAAGAACUCUAGGCGUCAUAACAGCCACCACUGGCGUUUUGCCCCAACUCUCCGUCGUGAAAUACGAUUGUAACAGAUGUGGUUAUAUCCUGGGGCCGUUCGUGCAGUCGCAGAAUUCGGAGGUCAAACCUGGAUCGUGUCCAGAGUGCCAGAGUUCUGGACCUUUUAUGGUGAACAUGGAGCAAACAGUAUACAGAAACUACCAGAAAGUGACCAUACAAGAAUCGCCUGGCCGAAUACCCGCAGGCCGCAUUCCCCGCAGUAAGGACUGCAUUCUCUUAGCUGAUCUGUGUGACCGCUGCAAGCCGGGGGACGAAGUGGAUCUCACCGGGAUAUACACAAAUAAUUAUGAUGGAUCUUUAAAUACUGAACAGGGCUUUCCAGUAUUCGCAACAGUUAUUAUUGCCAACUACAUCAUAGUGAAGGACUGUAAACACAUAGUGGAAUCUCUGACAGACGACGAUGUUGCCACUAUCGUGAAACUAUCAAAGGACCCACAGAUUGGUGAAAGGAUUGUUAAGAGUAUCGCCCCGUCUAUAUUUGGUCACGAAUAUAUCAAAAGGGGCUUAGCAUUGGCUUUAUUUGGAGGCGAACCUAAGAAUCCAGGUGAAAAGCAUAAAAUACGAGGUGACAUCAAUGUUUUGAUAUGCGGAGAUCCGGGUACGGCAAAAUCACAAUUCUUGAAGUAUACAGAAAAGAUAGCCCCUAGAGCUAUAUUCACAACAGGUCAAGGUGCCAGUGCCGUAGGUCUGACUGCAUACGUGAGGAAGAAUCCCACCACAAGAGAAUGGACGCUAGAAGCCGGUGCAUUGGUGCUAGCGGACAGAGGAGUCUGCCUGAUCGACGAGUUCGACAAGAUGAACGACCAAGACCGCACCUCCAUUCACGAGGCUAUGGAGCAACAGUCUAUCUCCAUAUCCAAGGCUGGCAUCGUCACUUCACUGCAUGCCAGGUGCUCCAUAAUAGCAGCGUCGAAUCCAAUAGGCGGGCGUUAUGACGCCUCGUUAACCUUCUCAGAAAACGUGAAUCUCUCGGAGCCAAUUCUUUCUCGAUUUGACGUGCUGUGCGUUGUGAAAGACGAAGCGGAUCCGAUGUUAGAUGCUCAUUUGGCCAAAUUCGUAGUAAGUUCACACAUAAGGCAUCACCCUACGCAACGUGGAACAACUCUAGAAGAAAACACAGCUGAUGAUGAUUUUAUAUUACCACAAGAUCUGUUGAAGAAGUAUUUGGUCUAUGCUAGAGAGAAUGUCCAUCCUAAACUACAGAACAUGGACCAAGACAAGGUAGCAAAAAUGUACAGUCAGUUGCGACAAGAGUCGCUUGCUACUGGCAGCUUGCCGAUCACCGUCAGACAUAUUGAAUCAGUGAUUCGUAUGAGCGAAGCGCACGCACGUAUGCACCUACGGGUCCAAGUGAACGAGGAAGACGUAAACUUGGCCAUCCGCACGAUGCUGGAGAGCUUUGUGGAGACACAAAAGUACAGCGUUAUGCGGGCUAUGCGACAGACAUUCCAAAAAUAUCUCUCCUACAAGAAAGACCACAGCGAGCUCCUAUACUACAUCCUUCGACAACUUACAAUGGACCAACUCGCUUAUAUGAGAGGCUUACACAACCACUCGCAAUCAACAAUCGAAAUAUCUGAGAGAGACCUUACAGAACGAGCAAGACAGAUAAAUAUAUCUGAUUUGAAACCUUUCUAUAACAGUAGGAUUUUCAAAAUGAACAACUUCAGUUACGAUGUUAGAAGAAAAGUUAUCAUACAUACUCUUCCAGAUGUGCCAACUGCUACGUAGAAAACGGAAGGUAUAGUCUCACAAAUCAAUUUACUCAGUGUGAUGUCAGCAAGUAUGAUCAUAAUUAUUUAAAUCCCAUAUUUGAAGAAGAUUCCAUUUUUAAUUUCAGUCAUGAUCUUGGCAAAAAGAGAUAUUGUGUACACUUCUGCAUGGAUUGCUUCGGUAGGAAACUGAAAAUAUAUCCAACUUACAAAAUUUAUUUACUCCAUCUGAGCGGGAAAGAUAUGCAUGUAUGAUGUAAGCAUAAUCGUUUU